AUGUUGACGCCCCAGCAGUUGGAACUCGUAGAGCGCGCCUUUCGCUCGCUGGACACGAAGGGCGAUGGCUUGCUCCAUCUGGAGGACAUCUUCCGCGUCUUUGACGUCUCACGGCACCCCCGAGUGAAGGAGGGAGUCAUGGCCCCCUCCGCCGUCCGUGAGAUGCUGAUCCACCAGUUUGGGGAGAGUGCGAAGGCGGAGAACGGCGUCACAUUUGAUGUCUUUAUGCGCUUUCAUGAGCGGAUGGCUGCGGAGGCCGAGAGCGAGCGUGUCUCGGACCAGGAGGGCUUCUUGACGGGCACCAUCGAGGGUGUGUGGCGGCUGGGCGACCUACUGGAGCCCACGCUUAUCCGCCCCGUCAUUCCGGUCGAGGGGUUUCCCAGCGGCAUCUACGCCACGCAGCUUAUGUCGCUGGUGUGGCCGGACCCAAACUCGCCACCGGGAUCGUACGUGUUGCGUGUGAUUCGUGAUGUAGUGCAGCCCCAUUUCUCGCGUGGUGACUUGCCACCGGAGCUUCGCGGGUUCUUUGCGUACCCGGCGGAGCUGGCGGGUAUGAAGAUCAUGGAAGUUCCUUCACAAAUAUCCAUGCAGCGCUGGCUGGACUUUGUCUGGGAAUACGCGGAGGGGAAGUACGCGGCGGUGCCAAGCCUGGUAUCCGCUCUCGUUGACCUGGAGACUGUCCCAGAUUACCUGCGGGAACUCAUCCUUGAACCUGAGGCUGUGAAGCAGUUGCCAUCAGUACGCUUCCUCCCGACAAUAAAGGCCCUCAAUCCAAUGUACAAACGGACGAGCGACGAAUACGGCUACGGAGUGCCAGAAGAAAUCAAGCGUGUGCAUCACUGGAAGUGUAAGACGUACGACGGGACGGCGUGUGGACUGAUAUACCACGGCCGCGUGGGCAAAUUCACAAAAAAGCUCUAUGGUCAGGCGCAGUCUAUGGCGGCAAGCGGCAUAAAUCUCUGA